CUUGAACGCCCUCCCCACUCCUCCCUCCUCAUGAGUGCACUUGUUCUUCCUCCUCCCCCUGAGAAACAACUUCUGACUCUCCUUUGCCUUGGAAACCAACACCAACUCCUUCCCGUGGGAGCGCUGACCUUUCUGCCACCAUCCAAGCAGCACCUGAUGGCACCCUCGGCUGCCUCCUCGGUCCAGGCAUGACUGUCACCCCCACCAAAGACAAAGCUGCUUCAUCCUUGUACAAGGACACAAGUCUCAGAGCUGCUCUAACAGGGAUGGAUGAGGUGGAAGGCCCGCGCUUGAAGCUCUCCACUGAGGACGCCAUUUCUUUGGCUUCCUCCCUGGCUGAGCCCAUCAACCUCGAAGAUGGUCAUUACUCUCUGCUGCGAGGCGAGCUGGAGAGCGACGGCCAGAACCUGGAGGCGGAGUCGUGGAGCGUGGCCACUGACCCGGACUACCUGAGGACUCUGCAGAGAGAGGCUGUUAAAAGACAGGACGUCAUCUACGAGCUCAUCCAGACAGAGAUGCACCAUGUGCGCACUUUAAAGAUCCUUCGACACGUCUACAUGCACGAGCUGAGGCAGUCGCUGCUCUUGGACGAGGGCAAAAUCGAUAUGCUCUUCCACGGCGUGGACGCCCUGCUCGCCCUGCACCAGCACUUCCUCAGCUGCUUGAAAAUGCGCCAAAGCCACAGUCAGGAGGAGGGAAGUCCACACGGCUACCAAAUCACAGAGCUGGGAGAUAUACUCAUCUCUCAGUUUUCAGGCACAGUGGGUGAAAAAAUGAAGGAUUGGUACGGCGCCUUCUGCAGCCAUCACAGCGCUGCCAUCAAUCUGUACAAAGAGCAGGUGCAGAACAACAAGAAGCUGCAGGGCCUCAUGAAGAAAAUUGGUCAACUGGCGCUGGUGAGAAGGUUGGGGAUCCCCGAGUGUUUUCUGCUGGUGACUCAGCGCAUCACAAAGUAUCCCGUCCUGGUGGAGCGAAUUAUCCAAAACACUGAAGCUGAUACAGACGAGCACCAGUCUCUGCUCCAGGGUUUAGCGUCCAUAAAAGACACCAUCUCUAAGGUCAACGGACGUGUCAGGGAAUACGAGAAGGCCUCCCGCCUGAGAGAGAUCCACCUGCGCUUGGAGCCCAAAUCCGUGGGCCGGCUGAAGGACGGUCAAGUGUUCCGCAGGGACGAUCUGAUCCAGGACAACAGGACGCUGCUGCAUGAAGGCCAAGUCACCUGGAAGUCUUCUGCCAGACACAAAGACGUCCACGCUGUGCUGCUGUCAGACGUGCUCCUCCUGUUACAAGACAAAGAUCAAAAGUUUGUCUUUGCUGCCGUGGAUAACAAACCACCCGUGGUCUCCCUUCAAAACCUCAUCUUGAGGGAGGUGGCCCACGAAGACAAAGCCAUGUUCCUUAUCUGCGCGUGCACCUCCGAGAUGUACGAGCUCCACGCUGGCUCCCGCGAGGAGCGAGUCAGCUGGAUGGCCCUCAUAAGGGACGCCAUUAACCACUACUCGGAGGAGGACGCACUCCACCAGGAGAUUAUCACCAGACUACAAGAAUAUGAAGACCGUUUGAAGGAGCGGGAUGAGCAGAUCAAGCGUUGCCUGUCUGAGAAGCUGCACAUCUACAGCACCCUGUACAUGGACGUGACAGGACUCGAGAGCCCCUCAAGGGGACUGCUGCUGCGAGGAGACCCCACUGACCUCCAGCAGGGGGAGACGCUGCUCACAGGCGCCAUCAAUGAAGUGGAAAAGGUUCAAAACCUGCUCUUCCAAACCAGAAUGAAGGACUCAAAUGACUUCCAGGGUGAUUAUGAUAAGACGCAGGGUAGGAGAGCUGAGGCUUGGGGGGUGGCUGACAGUAACCCGCCCACAAGUUCAAUGAAAACUCACAUGUUCUCAGAUGGAGAUGCGGCCGAGGGGCUCUGCGGCGAUGAAACGGUGCCGCUGUACUGCACCCACAUGUCUGACGAUCCUCAGCUAAAGGAGAUCUACUACCCGGAGAGCCCUCCCAUGAGGGUCGACAACGACGACGCACAGACGCCUGUGUCUGCUUCACCUCCCAACGACUUCCAGGCAGAGGUGUGUGACCGGGUAAUACUGCUUGCACAGAGGCUGUAUACGUUACAAGCCAUCGUGGCUCAGCAGGACAGUCAGAUUGAGCUGCAGCACGUCCUGCAGUCCAAGAGCAGACCCUCCCGCCCGUCUAGCAGCACGCUGUUGGAGCAGGAGAAGCAGCGCAACCUGGAGAAGCACAAGGAGGAGCUAGCCAACCUCCACAAGCUGCAGGUGCAGCACAGAGACGCGCAGCAGCGCUGGGAGAAGGAGCGGGAGCGCCACAGUGCCUACAUGGAGGCCCUGGAGGCUGACCUGAAGCAGAGGGAGGACGACUGCAGGAAACACGAGGAGAAGCUCAACAAGGAGAAGGCGGCGCUGGAGAGGCAAAGGGAGAGCUACCAGCAGGGUCUGGAGCGUCUCAGGGAGUCCACCAAGGCUGUGGAGAAGGACAAGGAGCGCCUGAGCCAGGAGAAGGAACGUCUGGAGGAAAAGUUAAAGAAGUACACUGUGACCUCAGGACACGGCAACUACGAUGACGACUACAUCAACCUGUCCAGCUACCAGUCCUUCAGGGGAAGCAUCGCCAACGGAGGAGUAGGAGGGAUUUCAAGGCCGCACGUCAUGCUCGCCACCGCCUGCGACCCCAAGGAGACUCCUCCUAAAGUCCCGCCGCGCAAGGAGAGCAUCAGCCCCCAGCCGGCGAAGCCCGAGCUGCCUAUCCACCUGAUCAGCACCACCAACCAGGUGCACAAAGCCAGCGUGGUGCAGCAGAUCCCCACCAAGCUGGCCAAUCUCGCCAAGGGCAAGGAGAAAGGAUUCCGGAUGAAGGCAUCGCAUCAGAGAGCCCACAGUGCAGCCUCCAUUGACGUGAGCCAGGUGUUGCCCAUCCGAGUGACGGGGAAAGAAGGAGGGAGUCUGCGUGGUCCUCACAGUCAGUCUGUCGGCCAGUCAGAUGACUUGAAGUCGCCAGGAUACGGCCGCAGCGUGAAAACGUCGCAGUCCUUCAGCGCACACUUCAUGAGCAGCAUUGAAGCACCGCCCCCCCCUCCACCUCCUUUCCCCAAAGAGGUGCUGCAAGACAAAGCCACAGAGAAGGUCAUAUUCCUUUAAUUCGCCUUCGACAGCCCGGACUAAACUAAAAGAGUGGAGGUACUGUACGUGCACAAAUUGAGAAAAAUGUAUGGCUGAUGAUGUCGCCAAAAAAAGGACCUAUUUUGCACACUGAAAAAUACGAUUUUAGAAUGUUUCUAAACCUUUUUAAAUAUUUUAUGUUCUUACAUUGCCAAAGACUUUUUUUAAGUGUAUUUUUAUUACAAACAAAAGCAACAUUUUAUGAGUAGUUCUUUAAUUUAACGAGCCAUUGUGAAGCUACCUUAUAGAACAAGCACUGCAUUUGAAUUCAAUAAAAAAGUUUUGACAUUUUUGCCAAAAAAUAGUUUGUCACUAAGAUAACAAGUAACGUGUGAAAACCAGUCUUCUGGUAUUUCAUAAUAUGAAUCCAUAUGGUCAAUGAUAUAUUAUUAAUACUCAUCUGUUGGGGAUGAAUAAAGAAUGCACUCAACCCAAGUCAAAGAAAUACAGCAAAAGUCUUUUAUUAUGUCGUCCUCCUCAAUGGAGGCACUUAAAAGCUCAACAAAUGUGACAACAAUCAUCCGACCCUCAUGUGUUUCAAGUAAAUAAACGUGAACGCUGACUCCCAGAUUGAGGACUAAAAGACAUUAUUAGCGCAUUUUCAACACGCGCACCCACGAGCUGUUGUGCAAAUUGUUCCACUCAAGGUGACACACCCUGCCCGCUCUCAGCUCAAAACACUAGUAUAUGAACCGCUCCUCAUCCGCAGGGCCGUGCCCGUGACUUUUAGGAUGAUGCAACAUCUACACUACAGAUUAUACUUUACUAGAAUCCAAAACGAUAGCAUGCAAAAGCAAAUACAGCAUAAAUGAAAACAUGGAGGUUCAGUCGCAAUAGCACCGCAUGUCAAAUCAUCCUAUCAGCUUGUUGCACAAACGCAGCGUAAUGCUGGCGUUGCCGAGCCUUUGGUGUGGCGGGAUAUGGGAGGAGUCAGACCACGUCCAGUCUUCCCUUUAAACAUGAGGUAAAGACUUGAAAAAGAUGCGUUUCCCUUGUAAUGUCCUCAUACUGCAACACCAUGUUGAAAAGAAACAAUAAUUAGAAUAAUGAAGCCUCGAGGUGACCAAAAAACCACAGCACUGGAAGUCCUCUUAGUUCAGCUUGUCCUCUUUUUUGACAAGGGGCGUCUCCUGAGGAAGACUGGCAGGCGGGUCUCCGUUCUCCGCUUUAAGGGAGGAGGGGCCAUCGGGCUGCGGCCCCGCUGCUUGAGUACACUCGAUGGGGGCAAGCGCUAUGGGAGGC